AUGGCUACCGCUCCGGACUACAAGAACAUUCCGCAUUCGCACCGCCUGCCUGUCGCCCACCGCGAUGUCCAGCGCACCUUCACGAGGCUCUCCCGCCAGUCGCUCAUCUCGCUCGCGCAGCAAUGGUUGAGCAGGAAGAACCGUGACUUCUGCAAGCCAUUCUUACUCAGCGACCGCGAUGAGGUAGAUGACGAGGGGGACGAUGACCUGAACGAGGAGCUGUAUGAGCCGGCGCAGAGCUACGAGGAGCUGCUGGAGAAAUACAACGAGCUAGCCGCGCGCAAGGGCGGGAGGAGAGAGGUGCUCGACCGCAUACUCGAGGGAGACUGGAGGAGCGGGGUGUCCAUGUAUAUGCUCGCGACGGCGGAGAUACAGUACUUGCUAGACCACCCGAACUCUUUGCGCUGGACCGCAAGACGGCUGACCCGGAUACCCAAUGCGCGCUCAGCCAUCACUGACAUGGAGGUCACAAACGACUCUGACCACCUUCCCCGCUUCCAAGCACAGACGUUCAUGUCGAAUCUCGUCCGCGAGCUGACACCGCUGAUGAAGGCGCACUACCUGAUUACGAGGAUCAAGACAUCGCCCAUGACCAUCUUGCGCGUCUACAUACACGACUCGCCGUACAGCAAUGAGAGCGCACUAGCCCUGGAAUCGAAUAGCACAGACAGUGCCAAGGCAGUGUUCUUCAUGUGGCCCAAUGGUUCGCCGUUCGUGUACUCGUCUUUGGCUACACACACUGGGCAGGUGGUAGGAGAUGACGGACGACACUUGAGAGACAUUGUGCAGCAGGCGAUACCCAAAGCUUUCUCACGACCUUCAGCAAGAUAUCAGCUCACAAGCACGAACUUCACCACCAAGUCGCUCGACGCUCUUCUAGCGUACCGCGGGCCGGGAAAGAGCAAUGGCGCAACAGGAGGAUGGAGUAUCUUCCAGGACCAUAGCUUCAGCCAAAACGCACUAGACUUCAUUACUGCUCAGAAGAAUGAUGAACAGGGCAAGGACAGUAAAGGAAAGAACAUUGCCAAUACUUUCGCCAAGGUUGGUCCAGGGCGGCCGAAGCGGGCACUGGACAGCACCGAGACACCCGAGUCGAAGAGGAGGAAAGAAGUCGCACAGGGUCGAUUCGGCACUUCUGCCCAACCAGAUGAUGGACAAGGGCUUGAGAGAUUCGAAGUCCGCAUCGAUGAUCCCUUCCCCUCCACCCAGAGCAAAGGUGUAGAGGCGGAUGACGACACCUCAAGGACGAGCGCUCAGCCUUCAAAUCGCGGUCGCAGAGGUCGACACUCAAUAUUCGACAGAACAGCAGAAGAGACGGAGCAAAUUCAGAGCGACGACGGUUGGGUACCGAGCGUGCGCAUCGCCUUCACUGGCACACACGUUUUCGCCGGCAUCAGGCAACUGGUGGAGGAGGGCAUCGUGGACGGCGAGAAGAUGCCGGGCUGGAUGACAGGCGAGGCAGGUGUCACAAUAGGUGCAGUAAGAGAAGGGAGGAUAAGAGCGAAAGACGGUGUUCCAGUUCGCGUCUACUUCCACGCCGACGACGACAUUAUCAACAUUCAUGAGCGUCUGCUCGACAGCAAGCUGCCCAACUGGAAGACCUACUACGCCGAACAUGAGACGUCUACUGCGGCAAAAGGCGAGAUCCAUCAUAUCGAUCGUUAUACACGGGACGUGAGCUAUGAGGCUCUCAGCUUCUGGCUCUACCAAGACCCUGGGUCUUUCAAUGGAACUGCCACGAUCAAGCUCGGUCCGUGUCUUGAUUGUUUCGAAGGCGAGGAAGAACAACCAAUCGCUUUGAGCUCCGCCAUGCAGUUCUACAUCUUCGCUGACCAGAGAGGCUGGCAUAGGCUCAUGGACGAGCUGAUGACAUGGAUGUUCAAGAAGUACAAGCAACAGUCCAUCCCGCCAAACCAAGAGAAGGUCCUUUGGGUCUACACCAGGACGGGUCAUUGCUCUGCUUUAAGGCGCUUGUUUGUCGACCUACGUGUCAAGUUCUGCAACACAGACUGGGACACGACCUCCAACGUCGAGGACAAAGAGGAUGCAGUGAACGAGGAGAUGAAGCUGUGGCGCGAACGUUUUCUCUUCGUAAUGCCACUUGUGCAAGCUGCAGAGGAACUGGAAUUAAUCUCAUUAUUUUGGAGGAUCAGAGGCAACACACAGGAACCGAGCAGGAUCUGGGCAUCUAGAUAUGGACAUUGGCUUUCAGAAGGACUUUCGAGCAAAAGUGAGCUGUGGGUUGUAAGCACAUUCGUGUCCGCCGGUUAUCCAUUUCUUCUCAAAAUGCCUCUUACCUCCCCCGCAACACUCUCUUGCUUUGUCAGCUGCCUCGCACCUUCCCCAAAUAUAUAUCGAGACCGCGUACCUCCAGACACUGUGCGUGUCCACGGUCUUCACACGAUAUUCAUCGAUCUACACCUCAACUUUUGCGACUUCGACUUCGACGAACACUUUAAUAAUAAUGUCGCUAAGCGGGAAGAGUUGCAAAGAUGGCCGGGGGAGUUCUGGUUCAACUUCUUCGUUGCCCAUGGAAAUAUGAAGCACAAGGAGCCCAAGGCUGACGGCAGUGAUAUGGAGAAUGCAACAUUCAAGGCUGAGGAAGAGUCUCCUCCUGACAAUUCGCUUGUCUUGGACCUUAUUCUCUACUACCUCCGCCACGAUGGCAAGAGGAUUGAAACCUACGACGAGGAGAACACUACUCGAUGAAGAGAGAGACGAAAAGGGAGACAUACUCGGCAGUAUAUCUGGUCAAGAACGUAACCGAGGCCAAGUGCAAUUUCUUGAUGGCACAAAUCGUGGGCACCAUGAAUAUGUUUUGCUUGGAUCCUCGGUAUUCUUGAUCGCUUGCCGGAACCACGCAAGCCUCUACGUAGCUGCUUUAUUCAAAAAUUGCCGAACUGUUGGAAUGAUAGCGACAUUCCACCGGAGGGGAUACCUAGACUGCGGCAGUCUAACCGCAUUUGAGACCCAUAUAAUGCAUCCUGCAGGAUACUGUACAGUAGCGAACAGUAGCGUUGCUUGGCUGGGAGAGGGCUUGUUCGUGGGAUCGUUUUAAG